AAAAAAUUUCCAAGAUGGCGGAACCCGUCACGGGCUGAGUCCGUCGGUGGCGCGCUCCGCGCCGGGGGGGCCAUCGCCGCGCAGCUUCCCCGCCUCGCCCGCCGCUCAGGUUCCCAUUUUAAAAGCCAUUGGAAGAUACUCUGCCACCCUCUUGGAUUACUUCCCAUACAACUCAGCAUGUCACUGUGCCCUGGAUUUUACAAGGUGGCCAUGAUUUAACCCCCCCCUUCCCAUUCCUAUGUAUUGGUGAAGCACUGGAGCUCUUUCGAGCUGCUGUUACUCCCGCGGAAACUGAUCCGUCUCGAAUCCCUUCUCCCAAGGACUAGACAUUGCCAGCAAUGAGCUCCCAAAGCCAUCCAGAUGGGCUUUCUGGCAGAGACCAGCCAGUGGAGCUGUUGAAUCCACCUCGAGUGAACCACAUGCCCAGCUCUGUUGACGUGAGCACAGCGCUGCCCUUGCAAGUGGCGCCGAGCUCGGUGCCCAUGGACCUGCGGCUGGACCACCAGUUCUCCAUGCCGGUGACGGAGCCCACGCUGCGCGAGCAGCAGCUGCAGCAGGAGCUGCUGGCCCUCAAGCAGAAGCAGCAGAUCCAGAGGCAGAUCCUGAUCGCCGAGUUCCAGCGGCAGCACGAGCAGCUCUCCCGGCAGCACGAGGCGCAGCUGCACGAGCACAUCAAGCAGCAGCAGGAGAUGCUGGCCAUGAAGCAUCAGCAGGAGCUGCUGGAGCACCAGAGGAAGCUGGAGCAGCACCGACAGGAGCAGGAGCUGGAGAAGCAGCACCGGGAGCAGAAACUGCAGCAGCUGAAAAACAAAGAGAAAGGGAAAGAGAGUGCAGUGGCAAGCACAGAAGUGAAGAUGAAGCUGCAGGAAUUUGUGUUAAACAAGAAGAAGGCUCUGGCCCACCGGAAUCUCAACCACUGCAUAUCCAGCGACCCUCGCUUCUGGUACGGGAAGACCCAGCACAGCUCUCUGGACCAGAGCUCCCCACCCCAAAGCGGCGUCUCCGGCACCUACAACCACCCAGUCCUGGGGAUGUACGAUUCCAAAGACGACUUCCCACUCAGAAAAACAGCCUCUGAGCCCAACCUGAAGCUGCGCUCCAGACUAAAGCAGAAGGUUGCUGAGAGGAGGAGCAGCCCCCUCCUGCGCAGGAAGGACGGGCCCGUGGUGACGGCGCUCAAGAAGCGCCCGCUGGACGUCACAGGUACGGCGGACUCGGCAUGCAACAGUGCUCCUGGAUCUGGUCCCAGCUCUCCGAACAACAGCUCCAACAACAUCAGCACCGAGAACGGAAUUGCAGGAUCAGUCACGAGUAUCCAAGCAGAGACCAGCCUGGCUCACAGACUCGUGAACCGCGAGGGCUCCGUGACGCAGCUCCCGCUCUACACCUCGCCCUCCCUGCCCAACAUCACGCUAGGACUGCCUGCCACCGGCCCUUCCAGCGCGGGACAAGCCCAGCAGGAUGCGGAGAGGCUCGCAAUCCCAGCCUUACAGCAGCGGAUCUCCUUAUUCCCUGGCACUCACCUCACUCCCUACCUGAGCACUACAACGUUGGAGAGGGAUGGGGGAACUGCACAUAACCCUCUCCUGCAGCACAUGGUCUUACUGGAACAGCCAACUGCACAAACGCCCCUGGUCACAGACUGGUAUCUUUCAGGACUGCCCCUGCACGCACAGCCCCUGGUGGGUGGAGAGAGGGUCUCCCCUUCGAUCCACAAGCUGCGGCAGCACCGCCCGCUCGGGCGCACCCAGUCUGCUCCCCUGCCCCAGAACGCCCAGGCCCUCCAGCAGCUGGUGAUCCAGCAGCAGCACCAGCAGUUCCUGGAGAAACACAAACAGCAAUUCCAGCAGCAGCAGCUGCACAUCAACAAGAUCAUAUCCAAACCCACGGAGCCGGCGCGGCAGCACGAGAGCCACCCCGAGGAGACGGAGGAGGAGCUGCGCGAGCACCAGGCCCUGCUGGAGGAGCCCUAUGGCGACAGGGCCGCGGGCCAGAAGGAGGCCCCAGCGCUGGCCAGCGUGGUGCAGGUGAAGCAGGAGCCCAUCGAGAGCGACGAGGAGGAGGCAGAGCCGCAGCAGGAGCUGGAGUCCGGGCAGAGGCAGGCGGAGCAGGAGCUGCUCUUCCGCCAGCAAGCCCUGCUCCUGGAGCAGCAGCGGAUCCACCAGCUGAGGAACUACCAGGCAUCGCUGGAAGCGGCCGGCAUGCCCGUGUCCUUCGGGGGACACCGGCCCCUGUCCCGGGCACAGUCCUCCCCCGCCUCGGCCACCUUCCCCAUGUCCGUGCAGGAGCCACCCACUAAGCCAAGGUUCACAACAGGCCUCGUGUACGACACGUUGAUGCUGAAGCACCAGUGCACCUGUGGAAACACCAACAGCCACCCCGAGCACGCGGGCAGGAUCCAGAGCAUCUGGUCCAGGCUCCAGGAGACGGGGCUGCGGGGCAAGUGUGAGUGCAUCCGUGGCAGGAAGGCGACGCUGGAGGAGCUGCAGACGGUUCACUCGGAAGCCCACACGCUGCUCUACGGCACAAACCCUCUGAACAGGCAGAAACUGGACAGCAAGAAGCUCCUAGGUUCCCUAACGUCGAUGUUUGUCAGGCUGCCUUGCGGUGGUGUCGGGGUCGACAGUGACACCAUUUGGAACGAGGUGCACUCGUCCGGCGCUGCUCGCCUGGCUGUGGGCUGUGUCAUCGAGCUGGUGUUCAAGGUGGCCACGGGGGAACUGAAGAAUGGGUUUGCUGUUGUCCGGCCCCCGGGUCACCACGCGGAGGAGAGCACACCCAUGGGUUUCUGCUAUUUUAACUCGGUGGCAAUCGCAGCCAAGCUGCUCCAGCAAAGGCUCAACGUGAGCAAGAUCCUCAUAGUGGACUGGGAUGUCCACCACGGGAAUGGUACUCAGCAGGCCUUCUACAACGAUCCCAAUGUUCUUUAUAUCUCACUACAUCGCUACGACGACGGCAACUUCUUCCCAGGCAGCGGUGCUCCCGACGAGGUGGGCACAGGAGCAGGAGUUGGUUUCAAUGUGAACAUGGCAUUUACUGGUGGCCUGGAUCCGCCCAUGGGAGACACGGAAUAUUUAACUGCUUUCAGGACAGUAGUGAUGCCCAUUGCCAACGAGUUUGCCCCCGAUGUUGUGCUGGUGUCAUCCGGUUUUGAUGCUGUGGAAGGGCACCCCACACCUCUCGGAGGAUAUAAUCUGUCAGCAAAAUGCUUCGGGUACCUGACGAAGCAGCUGAUGGGCCUGGCCGGGGGCCGCGUCGUGCUGGCCCUCGAGGGUGGCCACGACCUCACUGCCAUCUGUGACGCCUCGGAGGCUUGUGUGUCUGCCCUGCUGGGAAACGAGCUUGACCCUCUUCCAGAGAAGGUUUUCCAGCAGAGAGCAAAUGCUAACGCGGUGCAUUCCAUGGAGAAAGUCAUCGAGAUCCACAGCAAGUACUGGCAUUCCCUGCAGCGUUUCGCCUCCACGGUGGGAUAUUCCCUGGUGGAGGCCCAGAAGUGUGAGAACGAGGAGGCGGAGACGGUGACGGCCAUGGCAUCGCUGUCGGUGGGCGUGAAGCCAGCGGAGAAGAGACCUGAGGACGAGCCCAUGGAAGAGGAGCCUCCCCUGUAGCAUCCACCUUCGAGCUGGAGUUCUCCUGUCUGUUCGUCUUCGUCUUGAAGCUCUGCCAAGAAGCUUUCUCUUGUUACUCCUGCGUCCUGUCGCGGUUAUUUCCCGAACACGGAAGGACAGCCAGGUGUAAAGCAAAGCAAGCGACACAAAAAUCAAAUCUCUCCGCAUCUUUGAGUCUCUUUUUGCCGAAAAACCGCUGGUGAAGAGCAGCAAAGGACUGACACGUUGGGCACUCUUCCUCUGGUCCUCACCGGGAGCGGAAAGAGGAACGACGCCCGGGAAGUCUUUGGCAGAGUUGCCAAACAAAAACAAACAAACAAACAAACAAAACACAAGAAUAAUAAAGAAAUCAAAGAUUCAGCAACACAAAUCAAACAAACCUUAACGUAAAACUGGUGCUUACAAAGUUGAUCACCCACAACUGAGCAAUCUCCGCUUGAACCACUCGACCCAUCGUGUACUUUCAUUUCUUGGAUAUUUGGAAAUGGCUCUUGCCUGCCUGUGAGUCAACGACAGCUCUUGUCGGAACGGGAACGUUGGGAGAUGAUGGUGAAUUUUUAACGGGGAGGGACAGGGAACAAGGGACUCAUCUGACACCUAAAGGAAAGGGAAGGAGAAGGGGGGGGAACGGUAGCCCGGAUGGAGUCGGCUUUAUUGUCUCCAAAGCCAUCUGAAGAUGAGUUUGUGCCUUUUUUUUUAAUUGAUGGAUUUGGUGCAGCUGGAUUUUCUGAAGUUUGAGGAACAAUGCCUUAAGUAAAAAUUAAUUUAAAAAAAAAAAACAACAAAACACACACACACACAAAAAAAAAAAAAAAAAGGAAAAAAAAAGAAAAAAAAAAAAGAAAAAGAAACCACAAAGAACACAGCAGUUCCUGAAUAUUUUUCCUCUGGUUGGGAAAGCCAAGGACUGCCAUCAGGAAGGAAGACUUUUUGGCUUGUGCUGGCAUGAUGGUGGGAAGCAGGCAUCAGCUGAACAGAGCGUCUCCAAAAACUGUCGACAAGUUUGGAUUUGUUUUGUUUUCUUUCAUUGCUGUUUCAGAGAAAAAAAAAAAAAGGAAAAAAGGAAAAAAAAAAAAAAGGAAAAAAAAAAAUUAAGGUAGUUGCCAAAAAAAGUGGCAAAUACUGUUGGGUCUUUGAAAUUCAACCAUUUUUAACAACCAAUUUUCAAAUGUUUUCUCUCUCUUCUACAUUAUCUAGUAAUUGAACUUAUCAAUUUGGUUGUCGAAGCAUGUAUUAGACACAAAUGCAGGUUUUAAGACUGGAAUGCUUUUUAUGAAAAGCAACUAGCAUGAGAUAUUGCUUAAAUUGUUAGGUAUAAAUAUAUAUGUGUGUAUAAUGUAUAUUCCAAAUGUAUUCCAAGCUUAGAAACCGGAUUCCUAUGAAUUAUUGAGAAAAAUAUUUAUGAUGCAUUUAUAGAAAACCAGAAAAAACUAUAUGUAAUAAAUGCAUACUCUUAACAGUAGCCAUUGGAAGCUCCCUAGGGACAGAUUUGGGAAUUGGAACGUCAAAGGUGCUUUUGGAAAAGGAUCCAGGUUGAAACUCGAGGACUUUUCAGGCGACAGGUUGGGAAGUUUUUCAGAAAGCCAACACUUUAGCCACUGGGCAACUACCCUAAACAUUUGUAUUUUAAUUUAAGGUUUUUAGUUGUGAUCCUUUUCUAACAAAAACGAGAAAAAAAAGAGUUUUUUAUAGCAAAGACGCUGAAUUUGCUGUUAAUUUUUAUAUGGAUAUUUCCUGAAACCCUCCGGAAGCCUUGUUUGUGUGACUCUGACAUUUCUUUUCCAUUUGGCAGGUUUCCUUUCCGAACGGCAAUAGCAUCUAAACCUUUCUUCCUCCCUCUUUUCUUGCUUGUACAUGGAUUUUCCUUUUUUUUUUUUUAUUUUCCUUAAUUUUUUUUUUUUUUUUAAUUUUUUAAUUUUCCCUAUGAUUUUCUCUCCUUUUUCCUCAACUCUUUUGUACAGUGAGCAGCUUUCUGCAGGUGUAAGGAACUGUGGGCAGACCGACAGAGUUUAUUUUUUUCUGGGAAAGGGGGCGGUUUUUUACCGAGGAGGAGGAGGAGGGACCGUGAUGGGCUCUUUUGUGUGCCGAUUCCGACUGUAUAUUUCCUCAGCUCUCUUGUCGUAGCUCUGUAAAGAAAAUAAGGAAUUUUCUUACCUGGUAGCACUCGGUGGGCGAUGCCUUUGUCCGGCCGUGGCUCCUGGCGCUGCCUGCCCUCGGCAAGGCCCGUUGGACACUCCGGGACCACUGGCGUUUUCUCUCCGCCGGACACGCCCGCAAACUCCCCACCUCCUCUCUCCCUCUUUUUCUCUCCUCUUCUUCUUCUUCUUCCCGGCGCUGGGAGGGGUUUUAGAGGUCUUUUUUUUCUGCCCCCCACCCCGAGGAGGUCGUUGCCUCCCGGGAAGGCCGCGAGCCCUGCCACGGAGAGCGGAGCGUCUUGGGUGCCCGCUCCCAGCAGUGUAGGACAGCACAUCCCUCUUCCCAGCGCAGCUUCCCCCUAACCACCCUGCUUCCAUCCUCUUCCCACGGUGACUGGCGGGGCCGCUUCCAGUAACUUCUGUUCUUUCCAGUUCUCGAAGCAGCUGCUUUCAUUCCGUUCAGGACUCGCUGGCGGGAGGAAUCGGGAGCGUAACCCCACGCGUGAGCGAAUGCAGGAGGCUUUUGUUUCCUUCCUCGAUUUCUAGCGCAGUUUCAAAACCAGACACUACAGUAUUUGAGUUGUGCAGACCCAAGUACAUCCUAGAACCCCAAAAGCCCCGGUUGCAAGGCUCGUCCUCAGCAUAUCCUAACCCUCCCCCCCCCCCCAUCCUGGGGAUAUUGUGGUUUGGGGUCUUUGUCCAUCCGACCACGCUGCUGCUGUGAUCCCAAAUCCA